AUGAGAACGGGUAAAUGGGCAAAGAGUAUGGGAAGAAUAUCAAGGAUUGGAAGUUUUGCAAUUUCUUCUUCCUUAAAUGAUAAUAAUCUACCACAACCAUGCAUUACAUGCACCACUUUUAAUAUUCUUGCACCCAUUUAUAAACGUCUCAACGAUGAGGACCCGACAUGUCGAGAGAGUGAUUAUAGAGCGUAUUGGUUGGCGAGGAAUCAUAGAAUUUUGGAUUGGCUCUUAAAUGAAAAGUCUUCUAUUAUUUGUCUUCAGGAGUUUUGGGUUGGAAAUGAAGAGCUUGUUAAUUUGUAUGAGAAAAGACUUCAAGAGGCUGGUUAUGUUAGUUUCAAACUCGGAAGGACCAACAACCGUGGAGAUGGUCUUCUAAUAGCAGUGCAGACGGAAUACUUUAAUAUUCUUAAUUAUAAGGAGUUGCACUUCAACGACUGUGGCGAUCGCGUAGCUCAGUUGUUACAUGUUGAAUUAGUUUUUCCGUUUUCAAAAGGGCUUACUGAAAUUAGACAGGAAAUUCUUAUUGUUAACACUCACCUUCUGUUUCCUCAUGAUGCAACAUUGUCGCUUGUACGACUGAAACAGGUUUAUAAGAUACUUCAAUAUGUAGAAACUUAUCAGAAUGAUUUCCAACUCAAGCCGAUGCCAAUCAUGUUAUGCGGCGACUGGAACGGAAGCAAACGUGGACAUGUUUACAAGUUCUUGAGGUCUCAAGGUUUUGUAUCAUCCUACGAUACUGCACAUCAGUACACUGAUGCAGAGGCGGACAAGUGGGUUAGUCACCGAAAUCAUCGAGGAAAUAUAUGUGCUGUUGAUUUUAUUUGGCUUCUAAAUCCUGACAAAUAUCGAAAAUUACUAAAUGCAAGUUGGAGUGAAGCAGUGUUUGCCAUGUUCAAGUAUCUAUUGCGGAGAGCUUCACUGACAGAGAGUGAUGCAUUCGCAUUUCUAAGGGCCGAUAAUGAAGAUUGUAUUACCUAUUCUGGUUUCUGCGAAGGACUUCGUCAGCUCAAUUUAAUUGGCCAUUGUCAUGGUUUGAGUGAGGAAGAGAUAAAGGAGUUAUGGGUCCAAGCUGACAUAGACGGAAACGGUGUUCUUGACUAUAAAGAAUUUCUGCAGCAAAUAUGGAUUUCAUCGGUUUUAGAUCAGAUAGAUGACAACAAGAAUAGGGAGCAAGAGGACAGUUCAAACGAUGUUCAAGAACAAACGAUCGGUUUUAGUGUAAAAAAUGCAGUUUUGUUCCCUCCUGAGGUGGAGAAAGGUAGAUGGCCUGAAGACUACUCCCUAUCUGAUCAUGCUCGACUUACCGUUGUGUUUUCGCCGAUAAGAAUGCCAUGCUCUCAGAUGAUUUGCUGA